AUGCGAGCCCACGAUGCAGAGCACGAAUUCGUCCAAAUGCCUUGUGGUGUGAUGGACCAGCUGAUUAGUACUUGUGGCCAGUAUGGUUCCAUCUCUCUGAUCGACUGCAUUUCUCACGAUAUUGAGCAUUUCGAUAUUGAUCCACACUCUCCGACCGUCGAUUCUCGUAAGGAGUGGCCCGUGACGAUCUUGAAGCUGUUUGUUCAUGUGGAGCACAAGCUUGUAAACAGCGAAUAUACAACGCGUGUCGCUGAAUGCCUCGAAGGCGAGGCGAUUUUGAAAAAACAUUUUAACAUAAACGGAGAAACCAAAGUGGAAGCGCUUUGUCGUGGCCCCACUCUUGAAAUGUUGGAAUCGAUUCGUGGUGAAAUGCCUGAAAACGUGUACAAGCGAUGCUUCCAUAUGAUUCGAGAGACGCAACGAACGCUCCGCUAUGUCGAGUUGAUUCGCGAAGGCGAUUGGGAUGAGAUCGGUCGGCUCUUUUUCGAGUCGUACGACGACUCACGCGAUUUUUUCGAGAACGGCCAUCCCGAUAUCUCUGCGUGCAUCGACGUGCUGCGGUCGAUUGGGCGGGAAGGAGGCGUGUAUGGAGCGCGAAUGCUGGGUGGCGGCUGGGGAGGCAGCAUUCUGUGUUUGAUCGAGAAGGGACGCGAGGACGAAUUGGUGCCGCUGAUUCAGAAGAAAUGCGAUGAGAAGCUGGGUCGUGCGAAUAGCUGUGAUGUGAUGAUCGUGAAGGAAGCUGGAAGCGGAGCGAUGGUUUGGGAAUAGUCCGGUCGGUCCGCUAUG